UUUGGUGAUGAAGUGAAGUCAGUGUCAGUGAUGGAGGGACAUUCUGUUACUCUACACACUGAUACUCAACUACACACACAUGAUGUGAUCGAGUGGAUGUUUGGUGUUCAGACUCCAGAUGAGAUUAUAGCUGAAAUCAACAGAGAAGACAAUACAAAACCAUUUAUCAGUGAGAGAUUGAAGAAUCAUGUAGAGAUAGAUGAUCAGACUGGAUCUCUCAUCAUCACAAACAUAACAACUCAACACACUGGACGCUAUCAACUAGAGAUCACCAGAAAACCUUCUUCUCACAUCAGACACUUCAAUCUGACUGUCUAUGCUGGUCUGUCUGUUCCUGUCAUCUCCAGAGUCUCUUCUCAAUGUUCUUCAUCAUCUUCAUCAUCAUGUUGUUGUGUGUUGUGUUCAGUGAUGAAUGUGUCACAUGAUGUGAGUGUCUCCUGGUACAAAGGAAAGAGUUUAUUGUCCAGCAUCAGUGUGUCUGAUCUCAACAUCAGACUCUCUCUACCUCUGGAGGUGGAAUAUCAGGAUACAAACACAUACAGAUGUGUGGUCAACAAUCCCAUCACAAACCUCACACAACAUCUACACAUCACUCAACUCUGUCACAUGUCUUCAGAUCAGCUCAACCCAAACAAGAUUGUAGAAAAGAAUUAUCCAAGACAUCUUCACCAUGUCCAGCAACAAGGCACAUGCAGACCUCAUCACCUCCUUCUACUCAUGGAGCAUGCUCAGCUCUACAAAGGUCUUAAAGACCUAUCAGCUACUGUUAACAGCCUCAAUUCCAGAGUGCCGACCUUCGAGAACGGGCUCCCCCUGCCGCAACUACAAGCUCGUCAAGCUUCUUCCCGACAUUUCCUCAUCUCUCUGGAUUUAAUGAUUCCACGAAUGAUCCUUCAACUUCCUCAGCAACUCUGCAUCUUACUCAAACUUCUCAAACUCCACUCAUUGAUGUUUCCAGUCCACCUACGACAUCUCACUACAAUCUCUCCACCACUGUUCCAGCUCAAGUGUUCAGUAGGCGUUUUGUCUCACCUGCAGCUGUAA